GAUAGGGGCGACGUGCUGGCCAACAGCUAUGGGGAAUCUGGGGCACAGAGGGUGCUGUCCAAAUUUUGGGUGCUAAACCAAAGGCGGAAGCGAAGAAAGUUGAAAAGAGGAAGCGGAGGAUUACCCCCCUGCAUACACCCCGACCCUUCAUUCAAGAGUCUGGGGUCAGCGGACCGGAAAGAAUUUCAAACACCAAGGUCCAUCGGAGGACUCUCAAAGUUAACCCACAGGUUGUCACUGAAGGAGAGGUCAGAGAAGAAGAACGAUGCUGAGCCUGCACCACUGGAGCAGCCCGCAUUCAGACCGAGAUCUCUGAGCAUUGAAUGGUCGUCCUCACCGAAAAUGACACAGCAGAUGAGGGACCUUCAGAUUGGACAGACCAAAAAGCUGUCGGGCCCUUCAUCGCCCAAUGCCGCCAAGAGACUCUACAGAAACCUAUCUGGGAAGUUCAGAGUCAACUACACCUCCUUUGAUGAAGGCAACUUGGCAGCACGAAAUGAAAAGGAAAGGCUGCGGAAAUCGUGCCUUUUUCAGGGGAAUGCUGCUCUGUUUGAGGCAGUUGAAAUGCAAGACCUAGACCGGGUACAGGAACUACUGAAGCAAUACAGUGUGGAGGAGCUGGACCUUAACACCCCCAAUAGCGAGGGUCUCCUUCCGCUGGAUAUCGCGAUUAUGACCAACAAUGCUCCAAUUGCUAAGACAUUGCUGCAAGCUGGAGCAAAGGAAAGUCCACACUUUAUGAGCCUGGAAAGCAGAUCACUCCACCUGUCCACCCUGGUCCGGGAGGCAGAGCAGAGGGUAAAUGAUCUCACUACCCAGGUGGUCAAUGAAGCCCCAAAUGUAGAUUGUUCUGAAAAGGAAAAGCAGCUAAAAUCGUGGGAAUGGAGGUACCGGCUCUACAAACGCAUGAAAGCUGGAUUUGAGCAUGCCCGUGUGCCGGAUCCUCCAACCAACGUACGCCUAGCCGUCACCAGUAGCACCACCCUGCAAGUCACGUUCCAGGAGCCACUGAGCGUUAACUCUGCAGUUGUCACAAAAUACAAAGUGGAAUGGAGCUUGUCAUCCUCGUUCUCUCCGAAUGUGGGAGAAGUUGUCAUCGAGAAGCUGAGAAACUUGCAGUUUAACAUCCGGGGUCUUGUUUCAGGCACAAGAUAUUAUGUUCAAGUGUCUGCAUAUAAUAUGAAAGGCUGGGGACCUCCGCAGACAUCUCUUCCAGAUUUUGCCAUCCCAUCUAACUGGCACGAGUAUGAUGGUCGACCGCCAAGAAGAAGAGGCCAGGCAGAAGCCCUAGAUCUUCUGCUCAGCCAGGUGAAGACAGGUCACCAGCACUGUGUAUGCCAUGAGCCGUUCAAGAACCAGCCGCAGAGCAGGAAGCAUUCCGUUUCUAAGAGCUUGAAGCAUCUGUUUCACCCAAGUAGCAAGUUUCUAAAAGGCCUCAGGAGGGGUCUUUAUCUGGCGUCCAUAUUUUAUAAGGAUGACAAUGUUCUGGUGACCAAUGAAGACCAGAUACCAGUGGUGGAGAUCGAUGACUCCUACUCAUGUCUUCUCAUGCAGGACUUCUUGUGGUUUACUAAGGUAUCCUGCAUGUGGGACGACAUCUUGUGGCUCCGGCAAUGUGUCACCGUGUCACAAUCCUCCUGCUCUUGCAUUCUGCAGACCCGCUUUAAAAUGCUGCUAGCUGCAUCACAGAUGCAGGGCCUAUUAGGAUUCCAGGACUUGGGACAAGUUUUCUUCGAGCCCAUUAAGGAUAAGCAGGGGAACAUUCUGAUUGUGACUCUGAAGGAGGUGAAGCUGAGCCAGCCGUUGGAGAACGUACGCUGGAUGCCCGUCUUCAAACUGCAGACUCACAGGAAGUCUGUCUCCUCACCGGACGAGCCCAGCGCCCUGGAUGCCCUGCUGAUGACACUGCAUGACAAACUGGCUUAUCACAGAAGAAGUAGCCAGGCCCUGCCUCCUGGCCUGUAUUUGGGCUACCUGAAGCUGUGCAGUGCGGUGGACCAGAUCCGAGUGCUGGUGCCCGAAAGAUUACCAAAUAUCCUUUGCCAUGCGAAAAUCAGAGCCAACGCAAACGUGUCCAGGGAAGAAUGGGAAUGGCUCCAGACUUUGGCCAACGUGGAAGAACCAAUAAACAAUGAGCAGGACUUAGACAGUGGCCAAAACCAAUUGCUGCAAGAACUUCGGGCGGCUGUGAAGGAACUGACGAGUCAAGUCAACAUUCCCCUUCAAGAGGCUAAAGAUUUCCGGUUAUACAGUCAAGAAGUGCUGGAGUUCGGAGGUCAGGUCUCUUUGCUGUUGCUGCUUCCUCCCUCUGAUGAUGUUUGCACGGCUCCUGGCCAGAACCACCCAUACACCCCUUACUCAGGAUUCCUCACACUGCCCCUGCAAAUAUUUGAGCUGGUUCACUUUUUCACAUACGAUCGGGAUUUCAUCAGUCAGUAUUGUCAGUUGUCAGCCCUGUUGGAAUUGGAGUCUCUCCUGUCACAGCAGAGUCUCAGGGAAGCCUUCUCCGACACUGAACUUACAACAGCGAAACAGCGACAUCAGCAAGUUCAGGACUUUAUCCAGCAAAUGGAAGAGAUCUGGAGGGAAAUGCGAUGGAUGAUGGAUGCCCUACAACAUGCCAGGUACAAACAACCAUCAUGUGCUGUACCCCUCACUUGGUUCCUCAACAGUUCUGGAGAAAUAUUUCUCAAGGAGAAAGCUCAAUCCACUUCAUCUCACCUGGACUAUUUUCCAUCUCCUACUCCGUCUCCCGAAACUAACCGAAAGCUCAACACAGAUCUCCUUGCUGCUCCAUACUCGGACAAUGAACUCUUGGAUAUGAAGUACACGAACCAGUCUUCCCCUCUUCUAGAUUCCCAUGGUGCAUCAGAUGAAGAGGGCUCUUCAGAAGUCUUCCUUGCUACAGAUAGUGAUUAUGACUCUAGCAGAGCCCAAAGUCCAAAGGAACUGGACCUGGUUUACUCCUCUGGACAGGAAUGUGGCAGGAGGACCAUCCGUAGCUUUAGAGAUGGCACACCCGAUGUACUGCAGACACAUGAGCCCAAAGUAUUGACUCAGGAAGAUGAUCGUCCACAACAGCUUUAUGACAGUGACUUUGUGCUUCCCAGCCGCCAGAUUGAACUUUUACGUAUUACUGAAAAGCGGCAAGCGUACUGUGUGCGCACCAGCAGUCUGGACUUUCCCAAGCAGCCUUACAAGGCCUCUCGAAAGUCCUGUCCAGGGUCUGUAGACAGCUCUCCAACUGAGUCAAAACCCACAAGUCACCGCAGUGUCCGGGGCUUGAGGACAAGCACUUCUUUUACCCCGGACAAUGAUCAGCCAUGUGAAAAUUCACGGAGAAUUCACCGUACUCACUCUGUUGAAUGGACACACGACUUCCAAGAGCCUUUGGAACCGAAAAUUGUAACAGGUCAAGGAAAGAAGAAUAACUCUGUCACUUUACGGAUAUAUCCACAAUACGAGACUGGUUUGUCUAAAGAGAUGAGUGUUAAGCUACAUCUAACGAGCAAAACAGCAGCUCAGGAAGUUGUAAAGCUGGUGGUCCUCCAGAUGAAUGAGAUCUCCAGAAGCAUGCUGGGAACUUCAGAAGGCUAUUGUUAUGCUGAAGACCAGUUGGACCAUUUUGCACUGGUUUUUACUUCUGAAAACAAUAAGGAACAAUGGCUGGACGAUGACUUUCUGCCUUUCUCACUUCAGAGCUCGUGGAAAAAAGGCCACUUCUCUGUCCGCAUUCGAGAGACCUCUCCUUUGCAUUUUCAGUAUGGUCCAGCAACAACGGUAUGAGAGUGCGCCUCAGGGGGGGCUUCCCCCCCCCCCCCCCGUCAAUCUCCCGAGGGACCGUCAGCUCAAAUUUAAUGCUUCCUUCACUUAAUAAAGUAUUACUCCUUGCGCUGAAACGUGGGCUACAGUUGAAAGCAAAAGGUUUAAGAUGCAUUUGCUUAUUUUUCUCCUUUCUUGUCAACCAAAGACUUUAUUUUUUCUGACCAUGAAAGAGAAAUUUGACUGGCACAUGAAAAUGUAUCUUUUACCACAACGUCUUCACUGGAAAGGAAUUUGGAAAGAGUAUUUUUAGAAGAUCAUAGAAGAUACCAUUCACACCAAAAGAAGCAAUACAUAUUUCUCCUCCCCCCGCCCUCCACCCUUUUCACAAAAAACAUUUGGGUUUUAUUGAUGCAUAAACUACAGAGACAUAAUGGGACACUGGAUGGCCGUCCUCCCGUAUGUAGAGAGAACAGAACAAAGAAAUAAUAAUAACCACAAGUGUUUUUUUUCCCUUUUUUUCUAAUGAAUAAUAUUGUUUCUUGUGCUUGUUUUACUGUAUCCUGAAAAAUAAUAUUUUGUUGCACAAUAAGACAAAAAAAUUUCUUAAACAAGAAUGGCUAAAAAAAAUAAUAUAUAAGCAGCCGGUGCUGUCUGUCGACUACUCCCCUCCUUGUAUGCUUUCGUUUUAAGGUAACUGCAUCUCACCGAUUUCCCCUCAUUGCCAUAAACUCUGUGCCACGGCAGAGUUCCCCCUUCGUUUCAGUGCUGUGAAUUGGCUUGCGUACGUCCAACCGCAUGAUGUUUUCAAGUACGCCUCUGUUAGUCAAUGGGUAUAUUGAAAUCUUUUGUGCUUCACAGUACAGAUUGGUGGUGCUUCCGUGAGAAUUUCCAUGAACUCGCCCCUCAAGGCGGCACCAGUCCAAGCUGAAACCAUAAGCGAAAUGGUUUUUUGAUUCUAUCUGUUUAAUGAUGUUUGAAGACGUGUUCUAUACUGAUGCAUAUAUCUUGUUACUCUUUGUUGCUACCUCUGAUGCCCAUCCUCUGCCCUCCCGACCUUCGCUCUCCUCCUUUCUUUUGUCUUCUAAUGAGCCAGACCAGAAGAAACAUAUCAUUGGUUGUUUUAAUUUCUGGAAAAAUAAAGACAUCACGUGGUGAUG